UUAGUGACCGUAUAGUUUUGGAGUAGCUACUUGAAACAAACCUCGGGUCCCUACAAUCAAUCCUUCUCUUCACCAUGGCGUGUUUCACUGAGUUAGCAUCAAGCUUAAUCUGUGUUGCUUAUCGCAAACCCAAACCCUUCACCACUCUUCUUUCUACCAACACAAGAACAAUUAGAACUAUUCAUUUCCAACCGUUAAAUUCAUCUUCACUUUCUAGAAUCUUCUGCCGCAACAACAAUAACAACCGUAACAAACUCACUCGCCACUUCACAGUUGCAGCAACAUCCACCUCUUCUCCUACUCAAACCGAUGAUGACUCCGACGUUACCACCGUUAUUCCACCGGAUAACCGCAUUCCCGCAACUAUCAUCACCGGUUUUCUCGGUUCCGGCAAGACAACGCUGCUAAACCAUAUUCUGACUGCGGAGCAUGGAAAACGAAUUGCGGUUAUUGAGAAUGAGUUUGGUGAAAUUGAUAUCGAUGGUUCUUUAGUCGCGGCGAAAACGGCUGGUGCUGAAGAUAUUAUGUUGUUGAAUAAUGGAUGCCUUUGUUGUACUGUGAGGGGUGAUCUUGUUAGAAUGAUUAAUGAAUUAGUUACUUCCAAGAAAGGGAAAUUUGAUCAUAUUGUUAUAGAGACUACUGGUUUGGCGAAUCCGGCGCCGAUAAUUCAGACCUUUUAUGCUGAGGAUAAUAUUUUCAAUGAAGUCAAGUUGGAUGGUGUUGUCACUUUGGUAGAUGCCAAACAUGCUGGUCUUCAUCUUGAUGAGGUCAAGCCAAAAGGUGUGGUAAAUGAGGCAGUGGAACAGAUUGCAUAUGCUGAUCGAAUUAUUGUAAAUAAGACUGACCUUGUUGGUGAAUCAGACAUCACUUCUUUGGUCCAGCGAAUCAGGAAAAUAAAUAGCUUGGCCAAUUUAAAGCGGACAGAGUAUGGAAAGGUGAACUUGGAUUAUGUUCUUGGCAUUGGUGGCUUUGAUUUGGAGAGGAUUGAGAGCGCCGUUAAUGAUGAAGGAUCAAAAGAAGAAGAUCAUGCCCAUAGCCAUGACCAUGAGCACGACCACGGCCACGACCACGAACACCAUGAUCAUGAUCAUCACCACCAUCACCAUGAGGAUUCACAUGACCACAAACAUGAUCACCACUCUCAUGAUCAUAGUCACGAUCCUGGUGUUUCAUCCGUCAGCAUAGUUUGUGAGGGAAACUUAGACCUUGAGAAGGCUAACAUGUGGCUUGGUACCUUAUUGAUGGAACAUAGUGAAGACAUUUAUAGGAUGAAAGGUCUUCUAUCUGUUCAAGGAAUGGAUGAGAGAUUUGUCUUUCAGGGAGUUCAUGACAUAUUUCAAGGUUCGCCAGAAAGGUUGUGGGGACCAGAUGAACCAAGGACAAACAAAAUUGUUUUCAUAGGGAAGAACUUGGAUUCUAAGGAUUUGGAAAAGGGGUUCAAGGCCUGUUUACUGUGAUUUCUAAGAAUGUCCUUACAAUGUCCUUAAUCCUUUAUUCUUUCGGAUGGUGCAUAUUGAAUGAGUUUGUCUGUAUACGAUAUAGAAUAAUGGACCUGCUUACUAUAUGAAUAGUGAAAAUUGUUUUCCAUUUCUAAUACUCCGUUUAAUGGAGGUUCAGUUUCA